GUGUUAAAUAAACCUUUUCUCCAUGCAAACGACUAAACACUAAACAGUUUCACAGAGGGAAGUUUUCAGGCUAUGAGGAAUCUAAUGAUUCUCAUUUCUGCAUCAACCUUCAGCAAAUUAAGAAACUGGAGAAUCCAAUUAACUCCAUAAAAAUAGAUAAAUUUUGGGCCAAUGACUGAAGACGACAUUACCAGAAAAAAAUUUGAAAGUACAUUUUCCUGUACUGAACUCAGAUAAAUUCACACUUGACGUGUUUCACAAGGGUGGAGUCUAAUGAAUGAGUUAGGUCUAUGCAAUUUAGGUUAAUAAUUUAUGACAAUAUAAAUAGGAGAAGAUUGCCACUUAAAUAUAGACAUAUACGAAGGUGAAGAGAAUAGAAUUGUUCAUAUCAAGUCCCAAUAAAGACAAUAGGCAGGAUCAGUUUGGAAUUAUUGAUUUCAGACAAUUUAGGAAUUUUGACUAUGGAAGACUAAUUUAUUGAAUCUGAAACAAUGAAGGGAAGAGAUGCAGGUAACAUGCCAGACAGCUGGUGCUGGAAAGGGGCUUGGGAUAAAAGGGAAGCCAGAGCACAAACUCGAGAUAACAUUUAUUCCUGACUAGAUUUGGAUCAUUGUGUGAAGUGUCCUGAGAGUCAUCAUUCAAACACACAACAGAACCACUGCCUCCAGAAAGCUGUGACAUUUCUGUCCUAUGAAGACCCCUUCGGAAUGGUACUCACCUGCAUGGCCCUGGGCUGCUCUCUACUCACAGCUGGUGUUUUUGCUCUCUUUGUGAAGCACCACAACACUCCCAUUGUCAAGGCCAACAAUCAGGCUCUCACUUACAUCCUGCUCAUCACUCUGAUCUUCUGCUUCCUCUGUCCAUUGCUCUUCAUUGGCCAUCCCAACACAGCAACCUGUAUCCUGCAACAGAGCACAUUUGCAGUUCUGUUCACAGUGGCUCUCUCCACUGUCUUGGCCAAAACUCUUACUGUGGUUCUGGCUUUCAAGGUCACCAUUCCAGGGAGAAUGGUGAGGUGGCUGAUGAUAUCAAGGGCCCCUAACUUCAUCAUUCCUAUCUGCACCCUCCUCCAGCUUGUACUCUGUGGAGUUUGGCUGAGCACCUCUCCUCCAUUUGUUGACUCAGAUGCUCACUCUGAACAUGGGUACAUCAUCAUUGUUUGCAACAAGGGCUCAAUUGUAACCUUCCACUGUGUCCUGGGAUACCUCUGCCUCUUGGCACUUGGGAGCUACACUAUGGCCUACCUCUCCAUGAACCUACCUGACACAUUCAAUGAAGCCAAGUUCUUGACAUUUAGCAUGCUGGUGUUCUUUAGUGUAUGGGUCACAUUCCUCCCUGUCUAUCAUAGUACCAAGGGGAAGGUCAUGGUGGCCAUGGAAAUGUUCUCUAUCUUGGCUUCCAGUGCAGGCCUUCUGGUCUGCAUCUUUGCCCCCAAGUGCUACAUUAUUUUGUUAAGACCAGAUAGGAACUCACUGCAUUGCAUCAAGAACAAGGCACAUUCUAAGAGAAAUUUCCAACCUAUAGCUUAAUCCGCAUGUUUUUUUUUAAUUACAUGUAAGUCUUUAAGAAAGUUUAGCAUCAUUCCAACAGUCAGGUGUAGUGAAUGUUUCUGUUUCCUAUUUUUUGUUUAUUGGUUUCAUGUAUUGAUGAAAUCAAGAUUUAAGCUCUCUUCUUCAAAUAUGAUAUAUAUAUUUCUCUACAUUAGAAAUUUGAUUUUUAUAAUGUUCAUUUUACUUGUCUAUUAGUGCUAAAGAGAAAAGAAGUGAGUUGUAUAUUAUUCUUUAUCUCUUUAACAUUUCAUAACUCUGCCUGUAAAGUAACGAAUGUUUUCUUUCAAGAAAAGCUCAGUUUUGACAUGAGUGAAAUAUUUUGCCAACUGAUUGCUUAAUGACCCACAUGCUACAGUAGAAUGACCCACAUGCUACAGCAGAAUGUAAAUCUUUAUAUUAUAAUCAAAAGUCAGAUAUCAGAAAACUGAAUUCUCCAGACAACAGAUAAUUACAGGAAGCUUCUUUUAAAUCUGUGAAGAAUAUCAAUUGCCCAUCUGUGUCCAGAUCAUCGGAACAUGUACUCAGAUCUCUCCCUGACCAUUGAUAUCCAAAUAGUAGUUUUUGUACUGCCCUGUUCACAAUUCUCCAAUUUAGAUAAAAUUUUGUAUAUUAUUUCAAUUGAAAAAUGUAUAUUGUGUGAAUCCUGAACAUUUAUGAAUAUCUUUUUCUCAGGAAUUCAUCAACAUUUCAUAAAAGCUCUCCAAUUCUCUCUCUGAGAACACUUUUUGAUCUUUUCUUUUCUAGUGUACUAUAAUUUGCAUAAAUAUGUAAGUCUUUCUGUGUUGUCUGCCUUGUAUAUUUUCAUCUUUAACCUUCAUUAGUAGUACUCAAGGUAUAAACUUGCAAGAAUAAAGUAGGGGAUAAAUUAUUUGAAGCUGUACAGUUAAAGUAAAAACAAGCUCGAAUCUGUC